CACAAGAUGAUCAUGAUCAAGAAGAAGCUUUCUAAGAAGAUGAGGCAGAACAGGCCCAUUCCCAAUUGGAUUCACAUGAGGACUGGUAACAAAAUCAGGUACAAUGCCAAGCGCAGACACUGGUGCAGAACAAAGCUUGGAUUUGAGGUGUUAUUUUUGCGAUUUGUGUUUAGUUUACCUUCUAUGAAUUUUUGA